AUGUCGACCCGCUCAUAUCAAGGUUGCUGGACCUGCAAACGCCGUCGUCGGCGUUGCGACAAUGCCCGACCCACCUGCCAGAGCUGUGCGCGUCGCGGGAUCGAUUGUGAGGGUUAUGAAGUGCGAUUGAAAUGGGGUAGUGGUAUUGCCUCGCGCGGCAGAUAUACUGGAGCAGAAAAGCCGCUGGAGGAGAGUGUGCCUCCAAGACCCAAAGGGAGACAGCGGGAUUUGAUUCGGCAGAAGAUGAGGUCGGAGCCUCAAGGACAGAUACACCGUGGGUCUCCUCCUUAUGAUGAUCAGGUUGGCCAUUGUUUGACAUGGCGAAUAGUCAAGUUUGAUGUGAUGAGCCCUGAUAGCCCACUUUCAUCGAACACGGCGAGAAAGGAAGAGGAAGAGGCGAUUUUCAAUGAGUGGCUCGUGCUAAAUAAGGAUAUAGUUCUCAAUAGUGGGAUUAAUGUUCUCCACUCAACAACCGCGCGAGAAUCUAUGUUGCAGCCCCGACUUCCCCAACUUUGUGCGGAAUCUGACGCUCUAUACGAUAUUUGCCUCGCGUUUCAGCUAUCUCUCACCAAACACCGUAGCCCACAGUUCUUCGAAUACUUUGAUACAUCCCUACGGAAGUUCAGAUCGGAACUAGCUCGUAGUACGAGCCUCUCGGAUGGAACGUUGACGGCUGGGUUGCUGCUGUGUAGCAUUGGUUUGAUGCACGGAUUACCUUGGACGAUGCAUCUAGAGGGUAUGCACAAUAUCUUGCAAAGCCACGGCCUUUCCGAUGGGCCAUCCGAUGACGGCACUUCUACGUUCCGCAGCCAUUUACUCGAGGUGAUGGGGGUGAUGGACCUGCCCUGCUUUUCCGUUGGUCGGCAGACCAAAUCUUCCUCCAGAAGCCGUCAAAGUUCAUGCAUCGGCAUCUGGCGACGGUACUGCCAGUCAGCCACACCGAGGCAAGGCGUUGAACCGGUAAGUGGACUGCCGCGGACACUACUAGAUAUCUUCGCGGGUAUCGGAAUCGAUGCGACUGAACAGAACUUCUGGGACUGGCCAGGCGAGCCGGGCAGUUUUCUGCAAUGUUAUUUGUGGGAGGCCCACCGGUUAGCGGGGAUCUUAUCACUUCGCCGGCAUCUACGGUCCGUGCGAAAUAAAGAAAACGAGGGAUGCGCGCUUCCGGCGCGACAAGUACCAAAUGGGUGUAUCGCAGAUUCUACGGUUUUGGUCACACGUAUACUGGCGAAUCUAGAUGCCUUGCGACUGGCAUGCGUUGAGCGACCUACGGAAGAUACGUUUAUAAAAAAUGCCGUUCUCUUUCCAAUAUUUGUGGCUGGAUUGGAGGUUUCUGUUUUGACUAAGGACCUUGACUGUCAAAAGGCUAUUCGCAGAUGUGUGUUGGGAUCGCGGCAGGAUGAGAUCCUUCUGAGUCUACUGGAGGAAAUGUGGCAAAGGGGAGAUCCUGAUUUGAAUGUGGAUGACUUGGCCCGGGAAAGAGGCCUUGAGAUGGGAUUGCUAUAA